CCACGAAGCAAACCGAGCGAAGAUGCGGCGCGAGGGACGGCAGCGGGGGUGGGUGCGCGUGUACGACCGCGCCCUGGUCGACCCGGAGGGCAAGCGCCGCGCCGUUCGCGCCGUGGACGGCCCGGCGGUGGCCAACGGCGGCUUCAUCAGGGCUUCCCGGAGGCCGACGAACCAGUCGAAGCCCGGCGGCCUCCGCGCGCUCGGCAGGGACGCCCUCGCGCAAGCGGAGGAGGAGGAGCCGGAGCCGGAGCCGCAGCUCCAUCCGCCGCUGGGCGCCGGGUACUCCGGGUACUACUGCACGACGACGUGCCAGUCGCCGUUCAAGUUCGAGGCCGUGCCGUAUCAAUGGAGGUACGACGCCUUCGUGCCCGAGGAGGUGCAGGCUCCUCGUCCGCCGCCGGCGGCGGCGCGUUUCGGGGGAAGAGCGGCGUGCAAGGGGGGCCGCAAGUUCAAGCACAACGAGAUCAAGAUGUACUACGUCGACGCCGCCGAGGAUGUCGAUGGGCGCCUCGAUUAUCUCCAUGACUUGUUAUAGGAUAUGUACCGAAUAAUGAGUAUGUACAGAAAUGUUGGUUCUUGGUUCUUGCAUGGAGGGUGAGCAACCAUGGGUUGAAAAUGCUGCCGCCGCCCAUCACCUGGUCCAAUUCAGAACAACCAGUAGACUGCCUUGAAUGUCAGGAGUUCUCAGCAUUUUUAUUGAUUUA